AUGGAAGUGAAGCCAGGAAGGGCGCUGAAGGAGAUCAGGUCGGUGAUGAUUGACCUGGGCACGGGUUACUGCAAGGCCGGCUACGCCGGGCAUCCCCGGCCCUCGGUGGUGCUCUCCUCGGCGGUGGGCAGACCGGUGCAGAUGAGCGCCAAGACGGGCGACAACCGCCAGGAGAACUUCGUGGGCGACGAGCUGGCCAAGUCGGAGCCCAAGCUGAAGCUGGUCAACCCCCUGAGGCACGGCAUCGUGGUGGACUGGGACGGGGUGGAGGCCAUUUGGGCUCACAUCUUCCACAAGGCCAUGAGGAUCCAGCCCGAGGAGCACGCCGUGAUGGUGGCCGACCCUCCCCUCAGCCCGGCCACCAACAGGGAGAAGAUGGCCGAGAUCCUCUUCGAGACCUUCAGCAUCCCGGCCAUGCACAUCGCCUACCAGUCCAUCCUCUCCCUCUACUCGUACGGCCGCACCACCGGCCUGGUGGUGGAGUGCGGCCACGGAGUCACACACGUCGUGCCCGUCCACGAAGGCUACAACAUGCCCCAUGUGACGGGCAGGGCCGACUAUGGCGGCGCCGACCUCAACGACUACCUGCUCAAGCUGCUCAACGAGGCGGGCAACAGGUUCACCGAGAAGGGGCUGCACAUCGUGGAGGACAUCAAGAAGAAAUGCUGCUACGCCGCCGUCAACUUCGAGCAGGACCUCAACCUGGACGUCAACGAGUACCUGGUGGAGUACGAGCUCCCCGACGGUCACGUCAUUACCAUCGGCAAGGAGAGGUUCCGCUGCCCCGAGGCCCUCUUCAACCCCUCCCUCAUGGGCUCCAAGGAGCCCGGCAUCCACUCCCUGGCCCUGCACAGCCUGGACAUGUGCGAUAGCAACCUCAAGUGCGACAUGUACAGCAACAUCCUCCUGUGCGGCGGCUCCACGAUGUUCGAGGGCUUCUCCGACCGCCUGCAGAAGGAGAUGAACAAGAUGGAGAGGGGCAUGAACCCCACCGUGCACUGCAUCCCUGAGAGGAAGUACUCGGUCUGGCUUGGAGGCUCCAUUAUGGCCUCCCUCAAGUCCUUCCAGCAACUCUGGGUGCGCAAGAGAGAUUAUGAUGAGAGAGGUCCAUUCGUCAUUUACCGCAAGUGCUUCUGA